CAAGGACAAAGCAGGCGGCGGUUCCUGCUGCAUUCGUGUUGGCCUUUCAUCUAGGGUUGUCGGCGUGACGCUGAAGGAUUGGGAUUGGAUUCGAGCGGGAUUAGCAAUCGUGGCGGUGGAGAAGGGAGGAAGAUGCAGCUGCACUUCUCUCCUAGCAUGAGAAGUAUAACGAUAUCGAGCAACAGCAAUGGAGGGUUGGGUGAUUUGAUGAAGGUCAAGGUCGCAGCUCGCCACAUUUCAUAUAGAACGCUCUUUCAUACAGUCCUUAUCCUAGCUUUCUUGUUGCCUUUCGUCUUCAUCCUCACAGCUGUUGUUACGCUUGAAGACUGUUUAGGCAGGAGAUUGGGACCAAAGCUUCUUGGAAGAGCUGAUGAUUCAGGGAGGCUCGUGAAGGAUUUUGUCAAGAUCCUUAAUCAAGUGAACUCUGAGGAAGUGCCUGCUAGCUUAAAACUCCCCGAGUCAUAUAAUCAACUUGUUUCUGAAAUGAAAAAUAAUAAACACAGUGCAAAAGAGUUUGCACUAGUGUUGAAGGGAAUGAUGGAGAGGUUUGAAAGGGACAUUAGGGAAUCUAAAUUUGCAGAGCUGACAAAUAAACACUUUGCUGCAAGUUCAAUACCUAAGGGCAUUCAUUGUCUCUCACUACGGUUGACUGACGAGUAUUCUUCCAAUGCUCAUGCACGAAAGCAGUUGCCUUCACCAGAAUUACUUCCUUUGCUUUCUGACAACUCAUUACAUCAUAUUGUACUGUCAACUGAUAACAUCCUAGCUGCUUCCGUUGUGGUCAAUUCUGCUGUGCAGUCCUCUCAUAAUCCUGAAAAGAUGGUUUUUCAUGUCAUAACAGACAAGAAAACAUAUGCUGGGAUGCAUUCCUGGUUCGCUUUGAACCCAGUUUCCCCAGCUAUUGUGGAAGUGAAAAGUGUUCACCAGUUUGACUGGUUGACUAGGGAGAAUGUUCCUGUGCUUGAAGCUGUGGAGACCCAUAAUGGGAUUCGUAAUUACUAUCAUGGGAAUCAUGUUGCCGGGGCUAACCUGAGUGAUACUACCCCUCGGUCCUAUGCUUCAAAGUUGCAGGCCAGAAGUCCUAAAUAUAUCUCCUUGCUAAAUCAUCUUCGCAUAUAUCUUCCUGAGCUUUUCCCAAACCUGGACAAAGUGGUUUUCUUUGAUGAUGAUGUAGUAAUUCAGCGCGACUUGUCCCCACUAUGGGACAUUGACCUUAAGGGAAAGGUUAACGGGGCUGUAGAGACCUGUAAAGGUGAAGAUGAGUGGGUCAUGUCCAAGCGAUUCAGAACGUACUUCAACUUUUCUCAUCCUCACAUUGCUAAAAACUUGAAUCCUGAUGAGUGCGCUUGGGCUUAUGGGAUGAAUAUCUUUGACUUGCGUGCAUGGCGAAAGACCAAUAUAAGAGACACAUAUCAUGCAUGGCUCAAAGAGAACUUAAAGUCAAACCUGACAAUGUGGAAACUUGGAACACUACCGCCUGCUUUAAUUGCAUUCAAGGGUCAUGUCCACCCAAUAGAUUCCUCUUGGCACAUGCUUGGGUUAGGGUACCAGAAAAACACCAACAUAGAGAGUGUCAUGAGAGCCGCGGUGAUUCAUUACAACGGCCAGUCGAAACCCUGGCUGGAGAUUGGGUUUGAAAAUCUCCGGCCGUUUUGGACAAAGUAUGUGAAUUACACCAAUGAUUUUGUUAGGAAUUGCCACAUCUUGGAGUAGUAGGGAAGAUUUGUGCUUCAAGGAAGAAGAAGAAAAAAGAAAAAAGACG